GCUACGUGGCAGCGCAGGCGCGGCGGCCGCUUCCGCGGGGGGGGCGGCAGCGCCGGCCGGGCCGAGCCGCCAUGAACUUCUUGCGGGGCGUCAUGGGCGGCCCCAGCGCCGGCCCGCAGCCCUCGGGAGCCGACACGAUCCAGAAGCUGUGUGACCGCGUAGCUUCGUCCACGUUGCUGGAUGACCGGAGGGAUGCUGUCCGUGCUCUCAAGUCGUUAUCCAAGAAAUACCGGUUGGAGGUCGGCAUACAAGCCAUGGAACACCUCAUCCGCGUUCUCCAGACAGACCGUUCAGAUUCUGAAAUAAUUGGCUAUGCUUUGGACACACUCUACAAUGUUAUAUCGAAUGACCUGGAAGAGGAGGAGCAAGAUGACUCAGAAGAGGAAAACUCAGCAAAACAAGUUGAUGAUUUGGGGAGUCAGUUCACAGAGAUUUUCAUUAAACAGCAAGAAAAUGUCACUCUGCUGUUGACUCUGGUGGAGGAAUUUGAUUUCCAUGUUCGUUGGCCUGGAGUGAAGCUGCUGACAUCUCUCUUAAAGCAGCAAGGGCCUCAAGUGCAGCAGAUCAUUCUGGUCAGCCCCAUGGGUGUUUCCCGCCUCAUGGACUUGCUAGCAGACUCCAGGGAGGUUAUCCGCAAUGAUGGAGUCCUGUUGUUACAGCAGUUGACCAAAAGUAAUGCAGCCAUACAGAAGAUUGUUGCCUUUGAAAAUGCCUUUGAGAGACUUCUGGAUAUCAUAACAGAGGAAGGAAACAGCGAUGGAGGUAUAGUGGUGGAAGACUGUCUCAUCCUGUUGCAAAACUUGUUGAAGAACAAUAAUUCCAAUCAGAAUUUCUUCAAGGAAGGUUCAUACAUUCAGCGUAUGAAGCCUUGGUUUGAGGUUGGAGAUGACAACUGUGGGUGGUCUGCACAGAAAGUAACUAAUCUUCACCUGAUGCUGCAGCUUGUGCGGGUCCUGGUGUCCCCCACGAACCCUCCUGGUGCCACCAGCAGCUGUCAGAAGGCCAUGUUCCACUGUGGGCUCCUGCAGCAGCUCUGCACCAUCCUCAUGGCAACCGGCGUUCCUGCCGAUAUCCUCACGGAAACCAUUAAUACUGUGUCGGAGGUCAUCCGAGGAUGCCAGACAAAUCAAGACUACUUUGCCUCUGUAAAUGCACCUUCUAGUCCACCAAGGCCUGCAAUCGUAGUGCUGCUCAUGUCCAUGGUAAACGAGAGGCAGCCGUUUGUGCUCCGCUGUGCUGUUCUCUACUGUUUUCAGUGCUUUCUGUACAAAAACCAAAAAGGACAAGGAGAAAUUGUCUCGACGCUCCUGCCAUCCACUAUUGACGCUACAGGUAACUCUGUCUCGGCGGGUCAGCUGCUCUGCGGGGGCCUCUUCUCCACGGACUCGCUGUCCAACUGGUGUGCUGCCGUGGCCCUGGCCCACGCCCUGCAGGAGAAUGCCACGCUCAAGGAGCAGCUGCUGCGGGUCCAGCUGGCCACCAGCAUCGGCAACCCGCCCGUGUCGCUGCUGCAGCAGUGCACCAACAUCCUCUCGCAGGGUGAUAAGAUCGACAGACGGGGCAGCAAAGUACAGACCAGAGUUGGACUACUGAUGUUGCUUUGUACUUGGCUGAGCAACUGCUCCAUUGCUGUCACCCACUUCCUUCACAAUCCAGCCAAUGUGCCUUUUCUCACAGGGCAGAUAGCUGAAAACCUUGGAGAAGAGGAGCAGCUUGUCCAAGGCCUGUGUGCACUUUUGCUUGGCAUUUCCAUCUACUACAAUGACAAUUCCCUUGAGAAUUACAGGAAAGAGAAACUGAAGCAGCUGAUUGAGAAGAGGAUUGGCAGGGAGAACUUCAUUGAGAAGCUUGGCUUCAUUAGCAAACAUGAACUUUAUUCCAGAGCUGCUCAGAAACCACAGCCUAGUUUCUCUAGUCCAGACCACAUGAUGUUUGACCAUGAAUUUACAAAGCUGGUAAAGGAAUUGGAAGGUGUCAUAAGUAAAGCAAUUUACAAGUCCAGCGAGGAAGAUAAAAAGGAAGAGGAGGUCAAGAAGACACUGGAACAGCAUGACAACAUUGUGACUCACUACAAAAAAGUCAUUAGAGAGCAGGACCAGGAGCUUGAAGAACUAAAACAACGAAUCAACACUUUAACAUCUCAAAAUGAACAGCUCCAGGCUACAGUCACACAGCAAGUGUCUCAGAUCCAACAGCAUAAGGACCAGUAUAAUCUCCUGAAAGUACAGCUGGGAAAGGACACCCAGCAUCAUAAUUCCCAUGGUGACACAUUGCAGAUGAAUGGCAUUCAGACAGAAGAAGUGAGCAAACUGAGAGAGGAACUGGAAGAGUGGAAAAACAAGCAUGAGCUGCUGCAAGGGCAGUUAAAGGAAAAGGAUUCUGUGAUAGAAAAAUUGAAUUCUUCCCAGUUGGAAAUGGGAGCUACAGAGCAGUCUUUACAGACCAGCAGAUUUGGUGGCUUGGAGCACAGUAAUGAGCUCCAGAAGGAGUUAGAAAUGCUCAGGAGUCAGAUACAACUACAGUCUGCGGAAAUCUCUAAGCUUCAGAUGGAGAAUCAAAAGCUACAAAUGAUGAAUGCAGCUGCAGAUCCCCUGUUAGGAGACAGUGGUGCAACAGCAGCAACAAGCUCAGAAUUGGACGGACGACUGGAGCAAGAAAUCAAAGAGCUGAAGAAUCAAGUCAAAUCCCUUUCUGAGGAGAAGGAAGCACUGAAGCAGCAGCUGGACUCAUCCACUAGCACGGUUGCUAUAUUGCAAGAGAAGAACACUAAGCUGCAGCGAGAACUUGCAGAAUCCAAGAAGGAACAGGAUGAUCUCCUGGUGCUUUUGGCUGACCAGGAUCAGACAAUAUCUGCCCAGAAGAUGAAACUGAAGGACUUUGGUGUAGCGGUUGAAGAUGAAGAUGAUACUGAGUCUGGAGAUCAAGGGGAUGAAGAUGAGGAUGGAGAUGAAGAGGAACAAGAUGAGAAUGCUGUUUGUUACCAUGAAAACUAGAUUGCAUUGUUUUUGGGGAAAAAUCUAUUCCUGGUGUACAAAGGAAAACAUCUGCUUAUGGGAAGCAGAUGGGGAAAUGACAACCAUGGGCCUAGUUAUAAGUUACUCAAGUGUUGGAAAAUCCUUUGUACUAGGUAAAGCAAACAAUCACAGUUUCAGUUCUACAUGAAUAUCCCAGGUUGUACUUGUUUAGAAGUUGUUUCAGACACUGUUUAAAGCAGGGAAUGACAAUGUUGCUGCCUUGGUUCAUUGUCAUUGAUGGUUCUGUGCGUUUGUCUAUGGUUUUAACUUCCUUGAGCUCUUAACAUAAUUAAAUACAAAAGUAUUUGGUUUAACAUCUCUCACAUGGAGUCAUUCCCCCUGCCUUCAGCAUGGAGCUUCAGUGUAGUUUAUGGCUUCCUCUCAAGAGCAGUGGGAGGCAGAAAGGUUGGGGUGGCCUCUGCCAGCCCGGAGUCUGGCUCUGGGGGUGCCAGGGGCCCUGCACUCAGGUGUGUGCCUGGACACUGCCUUGGCUGCACUUGCUCCCUCCCGGGGAGCCACAGUGCUCUGCUAACACCAUGGCAGAGUUUUCAUUGGAAGCUGUGCAAGAAAUGUAGCCUUGGGGUGAGGAAUUGCUGUGGAAAACAAAGACCAGUAUGCUCAAAGAGCUAGAGUGCUACUGGGUCAGCAUAAGUCCAAGUUAAAAUCUUAUUGACUACUUCAGUAAGGAAAUGAAAACUACUCUGAUUUAUAUAACUUAUUGGCUCUUUAUGAGUAAAUAAAAGAUUAAAUUUUAAAAGAAAACAGAAUGAUAAAUGCAUCAAAUUCUUUUUUUUCUUUUUGUAAUAAAGAGAGUGUGUCUACUUUAUCCUCA